CACGUCUUUCACUAUAUUAUUUAUUUAGAAAUUUUACAAGUUAUAUAGCGUCGUCAUGUCUUUACAUUAACGUCGAACAGCUAAGCCAUCGAUGUGGCUAAAAAUAAGUUUCAAAGAAAAGCUAGUGCGUCCCAAGUGAAAACGCUGAGUGUAAUAUAUAUGAUGAAAGGGCGUCAUUAGCAUGCUGGAAAAGCGGCGGCUUCAUACUCCCGGUUCACCGCCAUGCAGCCUGAUCUUUGUGAUCGCUUUGGCACUUACAGGGUGCAUCUCUUUUUGGUUUCACAUAGAGAAUUCUGGAUCACCGACUCCUUACUUGAACGGUGCAUCGGCACCAGGAUAUUUACUUAUUCUACCCGGAAAUUUAACACAGCUUUCUCAUCCUUACUCGUUAAACCAGCUUCCGUCCGAUGACAAAUCCACUUUGAUCGAUAUAAAGGAUUUCAAAUUUACCAUAAAUCAUAAUCCUUGUAACAAGACACAACCAUUGUUGCUUUUGUUGAUCCACUCGGCGCCAGCAAAUUUUCCUAAAAGAAAUGUUGUGCGAGAAACAUGGGGACAGAAAACAUCAGACUUGAUAUUAUUGUUUUUCGUUGGACUUUCAGAAGAAUAUCAAGAAGAAUUAGAAGAAGAAAAUAAAAAAUAUAAGGAUUUAAUACAAGGAAAUUUUCUUGAUGCCUACAGAAACAUGACCUAUAAGCAUGUUAUGGCAUUGAAGUGGGCCACAUAUCAUUGCCCAAGUGCCAAAUAUAUAUUAAAGCUAGACGAUGAUGUUUUCGUUCAUAUACCUGCUAUGCUGGACUUUCUAACGCAUGAUCUCUCACCGUUGGGUGCUAGACGUUUGAUUCUAUGCGAUCUUAAAUCAAUGGCUGUAGUUAAAAGAUCUUGGCGAUCAAAAUGGAGAGUUUCUCCGCGAGAAUAUCCUGGUAGACAUUAUCCAGCGUAUUGUGCUGGAUGGGCUAUUUUAUAUUCUCCUGAUAUUGUAUUUGUUCUGUAUCGUGAAGCUCAAAAAGAACCAUAUUUCUGGAUCGACGAUGUUCAUAUUACUGGAAUUUUGGCAAAAAAACUAAACAUUACCCAAUCUUCUUUAGAUUCCUUGGUGCUUACAAAUGAGAAUAUGCAGAACUUGUUACAAAAUUCAUAUAUUCAAAGAGAUUUUUUAUUUGGACCACCUAAUUUAAUGGAGAAUGAGAUAAGAGCCUUAUAUAGCUUGAUUAAUAGUAAGUCACGGCUUACCAAUGAAAGCCUACUCAAUUAACACUUGAUACAAAUUUUUUAUUUAUUAAAUCUCUCGAUUAAUUACAUUGCCCAACAAAAAACAUACCAGGAAAUAACACAGAAGUAUGGAGAGCAUGCACUAUCAAGGACACAAGUGUUCAGAUGGCAUAAAGUAUUUUCAGAAAACUGAGAACGCGUGAAAGACGAACUGUGUAUGAACAACAUAAAAAAAGUUGUGACAGAUCAGUUGAACGCGAUAACGCUUUGCAAUCUUCAACAUCGUUAUAAAGAGUAGGAGCAAAAUCUUUUAUGAUAUAUAACCUCCGAAGGGAACUGCUUUGAAGGUAAUAACGUGGUUUUAUAAAUUCUUUUCAAAUAUAGAAUUUUUGAACAACAGUCUCACUACUUUUCUGCCACAUCUCUUAUGAAGUUGUUAUACCAUUUCUGAAAUAAGAUUUGAUAUUAUGAAAUUGAUAAUAUUUUUGAAAUCAGCGUCUUAAAUAUACACAAGAAUAGGUUUAACAUUUCACACAUCAAAAUGUAUGUUGGGCAGUGUUAUAGAAGCAUAAUUUAUAAUAAAUGUUUAUUUGCACAAUGUAAAGAAGUCAUAAUGACAAGAUAUUUUAUAUGUGGUUUUUAAGUCUUUCCAUUUAUUUAUGACAUAGGUACAAGAAUUAUUAAGUACGCUUGUCAAAGACUUAUAAUCAAUACAAAGAAAAGGCAGCGGAUAUUGUGAAUUUUUUAAAGUGCUGUCUACUUUUUUUAGAUCGCAUUUACAAAAAGUGUAGGUAUAUUAAAAACAAAAAAAAAGGAAGAAGAAAGAAAAAAAAUUAAAGAGAAAAAAAGUAAUGAAAAUAAAAAACAAAUUUAGAAUAUUAUCUUGUUACUCAUAAAUUUUGAAAAAACAAAAUAAAAUUGUUAUGUAGAACCAAGUACAACCCCGAAUCAAGGGUCCAUUUCUAAUUAAAUUUGAGAUUUGAAAUGUCUGUUUCUAAUUGUUAGUAUUUUCAAUGUGAAAAAAUACAUGCUAUUCUUUGAUAUUUUGCGUUUAACAUUAUAGAUGCAUAUUAUACAUGUAUAGGAUAUUAUUGAAAAUAAUAUUAUUGUAUGUUGAAUAAUUACAUACAUAAGUUUUCUCCAAAUAUUUAACUAUAUAUUUAUUUAUUUUGAGAAAAUUUAAAAAUGUUUCCGCUUAAUGUGUAAAAAAUACUCAGUAAAAAGAUUUUCUCUUCAAAAAUAUGAUUUAUUUAUGAAAGAGAAAAUCUUUCUAAUAAUUAGUAAAAAUACUUGUAACGUCUGCAAGUGAAUGGAAUACUCUAAAUAGCACUCUUGAAUAGCCAAAAGUAGGACCAAUGUAUAAAGCAAACUGUGUACAAGUUUCAUGUGAUUUAAACUACAAAUUUCAGCUCGUUCUGAUCUUGGUUACCUGGAAUAACUAUACGCAAAAACAAAUAUUACAUUAAAUCCUAAAUAACCUGCACGAAUAUUGAGUAUAAAAUAAUCUCAUGUGUAUUUUCUGUAUUUCUUUUUUAUACAGAUAAUAAGAUCGAUGUUGUAUUAUCUUAAUUUCUAUAGGGGAGAGAGAGUAUGUUGCUAUAUUAUUCAAAUGUAUUCACAUAGCCUAAUACAGUAUACUAUUCAAUGUGAAGUAUACAUUCUAAUGCAAAUUCUCUUUUAAUUUCAAUAAAUAUGAAUCAUUUCAA